GUGUGCCCCUGUAGUAAGUUAUAAUCAGGGCCGGUUUUAAGCCUAUUUGACCAAUUUAAUCAAAUUGGGCCCCGCGCCGCAAGGGGGCCCCGCACACACGUGUGUUAGUUUUAAACUGUAUACGAUAUUGGUAAAAAAGCUAACGUUAGACACAAAAUCAUUGUUAUUGUCAUCAAAAUAAUAGAUCCCAGUCACGUGCGAGAAUUUUCUGUUUUGUCAAAAGUCCAAGGGAAUUAACUCUGGUGUUGGUCCACACGCCCUGACUUUCAUAAUAAUUUACAGGAGCGGGAAGGGUGCGAGCCAAUCAGAACACAGUUUUCACUCUCUCCCAACGCUUGGACGGUGUAAGUGUGUCGGUUUAUUAUAUGUCAUUUCUGAAAAGAUAAUAUAAAAAGCCCUUUCAUCAUGGCAAGCACAAGCAGAGAUAGAGGCAGAGGGCGUAAGUAUUUAAAUGGCAACCAGAAGCGAGCACUGGCAAAGGUGCUUGAAAAUGAAAAACAUCGAGGUGCUAUCAAAAAAUUUCUUGUCACUCCACCUUUGAAACACCCAUGUAUUGAAGAUGAAGAAGACAAAAACGAUUCAGAAAAUGACAAUACAGCCAUUAGUCCAAUUACAGUUGAUGAAUACAAUGAAGAAAUUGAUAUUCAGUUUGAAAAAGUUCAAGUUGACACACAGACACAGUUGAAUCAAACUGAAGACGAUCUUAAUACAACAGAAGACAGUGCCAAAGUGAGAAGUCCACUUUUAGCUAAAGAAGAGUCAGAAGGCCAAGCCCAAACAUCAAACAGUGAUGGAUCAUCCACAAGUACAGUUGUAAUUAACAUUAAUGAUGACCCGGCAAGUUGGCCAUCGAAUAUAAAUAGAAAUAUAAGAGAUUAUUUAACAAUGAAAGGGCCUCCUGAUAUUCCAGUGAACAAGUUUCCACGAAAUGAAAAGGGAUUGUGUUUUUCUAAGUUUCACUGUAAGAGAAAACUUCCAAAUGGGGAGUAUGUUGAUAGACCUUGGAUUAUUUAUUCUCAGUCUGCUGAUAGAAUUUAUUGCUUUUAUUGUAAGCUUUUUAGUAUGAACAAAACCAGUGCAUUAUCAGCAAGUGGAUUCAACAACUGGUCUAAUCUUCAUACAAGGUUGUAUGAGCAUGAAAAUUCUAAAAACCAUUUGGAAGCCACAUGGCAAUUCUGGGAGUUAUACCAAAGACAUUAUAGUGGACAGACUAUUGACAAAGAACGUGAACUAACUAUUAAUAAACAUGCAAAGUACUGGCAGCAAGUAUUCAAAAGGCUAGUGGCAAUAGUGCAGUUUCUUGCUGAGAGAAAUCUAGCGUUAAGAGGGACAGAAGAAAAAGUUGGUAAUGAGAGUGUACACAAUGGAAACUUUUUAGGUUUAGUGGAGCUGUUUGCAAAGUUUGACUCUGUUCUUGAAGAACAUUUACGUAAAGUCAAGGCCAACGAAAUUCAUAAUCACUAUUUAGGAAAAGAUACUCAGAAUGAACUACUAGACAUUAUGGCUACAGCUGUUUUGAAUGAGAUACUGAAUCGCGUAAAAGCAGCUAAGUACUAUGCCAUAAUUUUAGACUGCACACCUGACUUGAGCCACCAGGAGCAAAUGUCUCUAACGAUCAGGUAUGUUUCUGAUGGCAACUUGGCUCCUUCAGGUGUUUAUGAACAUUUCAUACAGUUUAUGCAGGUUGAAAGUAGCACAGGAGAAAAUUUAUAUAAAACAUUAUUAAACACACUAGAGGAAUUAAAAUUGGAUGUGAAAGACAUUCGAGGCCAAGGUUAUGACAACGGUAGCAACAUGAAAGGUCACACAUCGGGAGUACAAGCACGGCUGUUGCAGGAUAAUCCAAGAGCCUUCUUUGUACUCUGCGCAUGUCACAAUUAUAACCUGUUACUAGGAGAUGUAGCCAAGUGCUGUCCAGAUGCUAUAACAUUUUUUGGGAUCUUGCAAAGGAUCUACAUAAUGUUCUCAGCAUCAACAAAGAGGUGGGCAGUUUUUAAGAAACAUGUACCUGGGUUAUCAGUGAAACCCUUGAGCGACACAAGGUGGGAGUGUCGGAUUGAUAGUGUUAAAGCUAUUCGUUAUCAGGUUGGAGAAGUAUAUGAUGCACUUGUGGAAACAUCAGAGAUAACAGAUGAGCCCAAGGUAAAAGCAGAGACAGAAGGUUUAGCAAACCAGCUAAAAGACUAUAAAUUUUUAGUUUCUUUGAUAUUUUGGCAUGAUUUACUUUUUAAAGUUAACUAUGUUAGCAAGGAACUACAAGGUAAAACAAAGGACAUUGAUGAAGGCAUGGAGUCAUUUGAAAAACUAUUAUCAUGGCUAAGAAAAUAUAGAGAGAGUGGUUUUAAUGAUGUCCUAAUAGGCGCAAAUGAUUUGGCUGAAGCUGUUGAAUUACCACUAGAAUUUAGGAAAUUUCAAGAUAAACGACUACAAAGAAGGAAGAGAAUGUUUUCAUAUGAGGCAAAAGAUCAAGCUUUUGAUGAUCCAAAAGAAGCAUAUAGAGUUCAGUGCUUUACCUUAGUGCUAGACAAAGCUAUUCAAUCUCUAGAAUCUAGAUUUAUGCAGCUUAAAAGCCAUAUAAAAUUAUUUGGAUUUUUAAAUAACUUUCAGGGCUUACAAAAGGCAGAAAUAAGGAAACACACAGUAGACCUUGAAGCAGCUUUAAUUGACACCAAACUAAAACAGAACACUGAUGUAGAGGUAGGUACUGUAACAAGUAAAGAUGUAGAUGGUUAUCUGUUGGCUGAAGAACUUGAAGCUCUGAAAACUUUUCUGCCCACCAGUGUCGCCAAGCCCCAAGCCCUGUUUGAAUACCUGGUAGUAAACAAUCGAUUCACUGCAUUUCCUAAUGUUUUUGUUGCUUUGAGAAUUUACUUAACAAUGCCCGUAACAGUCGCAUCGGAUAUUGCAUCUAGAAUGGCAUCAGUAUUUAACAUGGACAAAUCUGAAGUCGAAAAUGAGCUUCUGAAGCUUAAAAAUGAUACUCAGAUCAAAUCCAGGGCAACAGGAGGAAGUUUCUUUCUCAGUGAAGAAAAAUAUCCCAUUGUCAGAAAAUGUGCCAUGUACCUCACAGCAUUUUUUGGAUCAACCUUCCUUUGUGGGUCAACAUUUUCACACCUGAAACACAUCAAAUACCGAUCAACAAUAUCAGAUGAACACCUGGAUGAGGCUAGCAGUCACCACCUACAGUCAGACAACAUGCGGUGCUGA